AAUUGUUAAGAGUAGAUAAUCCUUCAAAUCGUCUUGACCAACCCUGAUGCCAUAAGUCAAGUUCUUGUCAGCUGCUAGUAAACAAAGGUUGUACCCUGCUCUGUUCUUGUAUCAUACUUAUUUACUUAUUUAGUGUUUACUGAUUUGUAUUUGUGAAUAUCUCGUUAAAAUGUUGUGCAUUGCUGCUGAUCAUCUGUAAUGAGGAAGUCGAGCAAGAGUAGAGGUCCGGAAAGUGCAUUUGCAGCUGAACGACUGGCUGACUAUCGAGGGGAUACUACUACUAUAGCCGUGAGUUCGAGUACUAAUUGUGAACCAAAUAGUAAUGAUUCCUUAGAUUUAGAAGGAGCUUGUUACAUUGAUACCAAUUCUGACCAAUCUCCUGACGUUUAUGAUCAAUCUUCUUCUGGUGUUGGAGCCAUGAGGGAAACAAAAGAUAGCAUCAAAGAGAAGAAACUAUCUUCAGGAAAUAUCAGCACUAAUGAUGGAGCUCGUCCCAAAGUAGUAACUGUAAAGCAUCCAGAGUCCAAUAAGCCAAAACCAACUGUCAAGAAAAACAAGCCCAUACAAGCUGAUCUAGAUAUAGCAAAAGAAUUUGUCCGGUGUAAGGACGAAGGCGUCAAAAGACUUGAUUUGAGCAAGUCUAGUAUUACUCAGUUGCCACAGACAGUCAGAGAUCUUACUCAUCUUUCAGAAUUCUAUCUUUAUGGCAACAAGCUCGUCACUCUUCCACCAGAACUAGGAUGUUUAAUAAAUUUACAAACACUGGCUCUCAGUGAAAAUGCUUUAACAAGUCUACCAGAAUCUCUUGAAAACCUUCGAUCUCUGAGAGUUUUGGAUUUGAGACAUAAUAAAUUGAACGAUUUACCUGAUGUUGUUUACAAGCUUCCUUCUUUAACUACAUUGCUGAUCAGAUUCAAUCGUAUUCGUUAUGUUGAUGACGAGAUAAGGAACUUGAGGAAUCUAACCAUGCUGAGUUUAAGAGAGAACAAGAUAAAAGAGCUUCCUCCAGGAAUUGGAGAACUCACAAAAUUAAUUACAUUUGAUAUAUCUCACAACCAUUUAGAACAUCUACCCAUGGAAAUCGGAAACUGUAUUCAACUCUCAACUUUGGAUUUGCAACACAAUGAGCUUAUUGACAUUCCAGAAUCUAUUGGAAAUCUGCAAAAUCUGACUAGGUUAGGUUUAAGGUACAACAGAUUAAAUUCCAUACCUCAGUCACUGAGCAAUUGUAAGCACAUGGAUGAGUUCAAUGUUGAGGGAAAUGUUCUAUCUCAGUUGCCAGAAGGAUUACUGUCUAGUCUUCUAGAGCUAACAAGCAUAACUUUGUCAAGAAAUUGCUUCACCUCAUAUCCAUUAGGAGGUCCAUCACAGUUCACCACAGUUGAUUCUAUAAACUUGGAGCAUAAUCAAAUUGAUAAAAUACCUUACGGAAUAUUCUCCAGAGCCAAGCAUUUAACCAAGCUGAACAUGAAAGAAAAUCAACUGACAUCACUGCCUUUGGAUUUUGGAAACUGGUCGAAUAUGGUGGAAUUGAAUUUGGGAACCAAUCAGCUCUCCAAGAUCCCAGAUGAUGUACAGAAUCUUCAAAGUUUAGAAGUUCUCAUCCUUUCCAACAAUCUGCUAAGAAAACUACCAGCUACAAUUGGGAAUUUGAGAAAGCUUCGUGUAUUGGAUUUGGAAGAGAACAAGUUGGAAUCAAUACCCAAUGAAAUUGGCUACCUGAGAGAGUUGCAGAAGUUGAUCAUGGGCUCCAAUCAGUUGACGACACUUCCACGAGCCAUCGGUCAUCUAUCGAAUUUAGUCUACUUGAGUGUUGGUGAGAACAAUCUGACGUAUCUGCCGGAAGAAAUUGGCACGCUUGAUAACUUGGAGUCCUUGUAUAUAAAUGAUAAUCCCAGUCUGCACAACUUGCCAUUUGAAUUGGCACUAUGCUCCAGUCUACAAAUAAUGAGUAUCGACAACUGUCCGCUGUCUCAAAUUCCUGCGGAAAUUGUUGCCAAUGGGCCAUCUCUUGUAAUAAAGUAUUUGAAAAUGCAAGGACCAUACCGUUCAAUGUGAGACAUGAUUAUUGAUUAGUUAUGAGCAGCGUGAAAGAUUUCAGCAUUGAUUGCGGAGCUAAGUUACAUUUAUUUACUAACUCAAAAUGAUUUAUCAUCUCAACCAUAGACUGAUGAUAAAAUAAAGAAAACUAUCCCGUUAAAUACUGUAAUAGCCUAUGUGGUUGAAUAUUUUCAUGUUUUUUAAGGAAAGUAGUCAAAAGUAUUCUAGAGAUGAGUUCAUUUUAUAUCGGUUCAUUCUAAAUUGGUUUAGGAAUAUUUUCUAUUCUGCUUUUAAACAAGUUUCCAAAACAAAAUAACUUACUAAGAAACUUUGAAAGAAUAAAAGACAUCAAGUUAAACUGUAAAGAUCAGUAAAUUAAUAAUAUUUCUAAAUAAACUUACAAUAUUUAUUUAUGGUUACAGUUCAUCCUCACAAAUUACGUGACUUUUAACUAAUCUAUCAAUUUGAUGUAGUUGAAAAAGUAGUUUCUAUAAUGCGCAUAAUUCAACACACAAUUAAAAGUUCCAGUGUAUCCUACACUUACUUUCCUGUGGAGUACAAGCGCAAAAUGGCCUAAACUACAAGAACUGUUAUACUCAUCAGUUUGUUUCAGAUUACACGAAAUAGAUCUCAAUUGAAAGUCUGAUUUAUUGCCAGAAGAUAUCGCAGAGAUUAAUACAAACGAUUGUAUGGAGUUCAUCAGAGAUCAUACAUGCUGCAUCGUCUUCCUCAAUAAACCAGUGAGACAGUUGAUAAGGACUUCGACAUCCUGGAAAGCAAAUCAUCUACUGAUUAUUCCCGUACUUGCCAAGAGUUCAACCAGAGAAUUUCAUAAAAUAAGGUUGUAAUUUUUGUCCAGUCUCAAAAAAGUUUUGCAAAAGUGUAUAUAUAGAUAAAUGACUGAAUUUUUUUAAUCGUUUGCCAUUUACAUUCAGAUUUCUAUGUUUUGUGCAAGAUGUGAAAAUUCUAUUUUAUUCAUUUUUAUUUUAAACUUUGGGUAAAUGAAUCUAUUACAUUUUUAGUUAGCUAAUUCAACUUGUUUAUAAUUUUGUAUGCGUUCUUUCAUCAAAAUUAUAUCUUGUGCAUAGAAUUCACUAUAAGUUUUGUUGAAAAUUAUAUUUUCAUAUUGCUCAACCGAGUUGAAAUAUCAAAUUUACCACUCACUUGUUUGUUAAGGUGCAAUUCCUUUGAGGCGUUCGAACGUUCGCAGCUAUAAGCAGGAAGCCCUUGAGACAGUCAAGCCUUGGCGGCGUCAAGAGCUUUCUGCUUAUAGCUGCGCUGCUCAAAUGCGUCUAAGGAAUUGCACCUUAACAUAAAAAUAUGAUUUUAAUCUUUGCACAACAUUUAUAAAGCAUUGUGAUGUAUUUUCUUAACCAAUCUCUUGAAAAAAGGGUUUCAUUUUUCAAAUAUAUUUUACUUUUUGCACAAUAAUUAUAAUAAUAUAUUUCGAUGUAUGAGCUUUUAAAAUUUGAAGUUAAUAAUGUAUUAUAUUGAAAACAAUGCUUCACAUUAUGAUGUCUUGGAUAACAACUAUUGAAAUACUGUAUUUAUAUAUUCAAUUCAAUUUUAUUCAUGUGUAGUCUAUUGUGUUAUAAUCUUUUUUUAAUAUUAUUUAUUAAUUGUAACUUAUUGAAUCAUUAGUUCUUGAUGAAUGAAUUGCUUUUCAUGUUCCACAAACUAUAUAUUUUUUAAAUAGGGGCGCCUCAAUAUUGGUCCUGCUGUAUUUGCUUCUCUUUGCAAUAAGUUGCAAAAUGUGCAUUUUGAUAGUCUAGCUUAAUUUUAAACUAUUUUAGUCAUUCAUUUGAACGAUAGUUGAUUAUAAAAAUGGAUAUUUUGUAUUGAAAUCAUCUAAAUAGAUUACUAUCUGUACUUGUAGUAAACAAAACAUCGGAAAAUUGUGGAAAUUAAUUUAUAUGAAAAAGAGUGGAAUUUUUUUAAAUGAAGAGUGAAAUAUGUUGAUAUGCUUAUUGUCUUCCUGUCAAAGCAGCUACAAAGAUGUGUACUCGAGAUACUCCAAUAAGAAUAUAUUGUCUUCGCUCUUCAAAAUGGAAACCUUAUUCUUAUUAGGGUGAUUUAAUUCUUUCCUUGGUGACUUUUACUGCGUUUACUCAUAGUUGAAUAGAUCCAUGUAACAACUAGUAAUAUAUUAUUAUGCUACGGAUAUCGGCAGUGAAAAUCAAUAUUGUAAUUUAUGAAUGUUAUGUAGGGUAAAAUUAAUUAAAUCAUUCUUAGUAUUUGUAUUUUUCUAAUAUUACUGUGUUCCAUAGUGCUCUCCAAUAAUCAAAGUCUUUCAAGAAACCAGUCAUCUGAAUAUAUUUUUUUUCAUUUUAAACAGAAGAUUUAUCUACUGUGUAUCUAAAGUCCACUUACUAGUCUGAGUUGCAGUUACUAAAUUCAAGAUUAAAUAUAGUAACUGUAGUAUGAAUGAAAAUUUUUAUUUAUGCAUUAAUUUCAUCCUGCUAACUUGACCUCCCAAUUUCCGCGAACGAUUAACUGUGAAAAUUAAUUGAAUGUUUCCAAUUUUGAAAAAAAUUGUUUGAGGUGUCUCAUACAAUUUUAUGGCUCUGUUUCAAAUUAUUGGAAAACAUUCAUAUUAAUAUAAUCAGGAAACAAUACGAAUAUUGAAGGAAAUCUAUUCAUUAAGCUUGCUAUUGGCAUACACUUGAAACACAUUCAUCAAUAUUUGGAAUUGUUUCUAUUUGAAGGCAAGGAAGCAUUUUAUCUACCAACAUAUAUUUUUAAUUCUAGAAUACUGUUAAUUUAUUUCAUUCGUUUAAACACAAAACUUGGUUAAACAAUAUAUUUAUAUUAGGACAGAUUUUUAUUAAUGUAUAUUGAUCUCGCAUUUAAAAAAGAAGAAAAACAACAGUUGCUUUGUGUUAGGUAAUUAAGAAGAUAUUCAUGUUGAUUGUAUAGUUGUUAGCAUGAAUUAAAUGAAUAUAAAAUGUGUUAAAUGGAUAUUUAUUAGAAUGUGCUAUAUGCAGGAGUGUUUAAACAUUGAUGUAUGUAUGAUCAACAAUUAAAAAAUAGUUAUACUAGUUUUAAUGUCUAUUUUUCUAGAAAAUUUGUGCUUUUAUUAUGAAGUGUGUUUUGAGCUCAUUCUAUCAAAUGCAUAAUCUAUACUGUAAGCAUGAUUGGAUCGGUCCUCACUUAUGUUUCUGAUAUUAAAUUUCAUUCAAAGAAUAUUUAUGAAAAAAUAGAUUGGAAAAUAUUUCAGAAAAUAAGGUAUAAUAAUAUUUAUAUUAUUAUUACAUAAUUGCUGUAAUUUUCAGAAAGUAGGAUCGAUCAACAGUCCACCAUUAUUGUUUUGAAUACCGUGAUUACUGUUGAAGCAGUUACAUUCUUUCACUUUGGAAUCACAAGUUCUUAUCAAGUAGGCUAGAUUAUGAUGUAUUCAA